CCAGCAGCAGGAAGUAUUCAUCCUCGUGUCCAUGCCGUGGCCUGUUCACCCUCAUGGCUUGUAUCUCUGGACCUCAGUGGGGUUGCUGUGUCUGCUAUGUAGUCUGAGCUCAGGCAGCAGCCAGUCUGUGAGGACCGGCUUCAUCGGAGAUGAGGUCCUCCUGCCCUGUGUCUACUCUGAACAGCUGUCUGAGCCGGUCACUGCCUUCUGGAGGGACAAGGAUGACAAAAUUGUGUUGGAUAUCAUCAACGGCAAAGAGGAUAAAAUGGAUCCAAAGUUCAGAGGUCGCGUGUUCAGCUUCCCAAACCAUUACAAGACUGGAAACCUCUCCAUCCUAAUAAAGGGCCUGAGGGCGGACGACGCCGGCCCGUAUGACUGCGACAUCCCCAAAGUGGACUAUCAGGCCAAGAUGACUCUGAAAGUCACAGAAAAACCUGGUGUUGUUAAAAUAACAACUCCACAUCCUGACCUUGCUACGAUUAGUGGUGCAGCUGUAACAUGCUCCAACCACCACCUCCUGGUUCUCCUCUCUGCUCUGUUUGUGCUCUUCUGUUCUUUACAGUAAACACAGGUUCAAACUUAAGUCGGGUUUAGCUCAAUUACACCUUAAAGUAUUGUCUUGUUUAAAUUGCCUUUAUUAAUAAAUAAUUGAUAUCUCUGA